ACUUUGGAUCAGAAGAUUCGACAAUAAUGCACAGCAGUUGCUUUCAACGAAUCCAUGAAGUCACUCGGACUUCAUCAAUUAGUUUACAAGGAUGCUCUCGAUAAAUCACAGGCUCGAAUUAUUUCCCUCAAUUUCUCUUGGGACGGUUCUUCUUCUGGUGCUCACUGUCUGCGUAUUUUUUUUACAAUGGCGCAAGGAAAUUCGGGAGUACUUACACCGUAGAUCAGUGAUGGUGAAAUUUGCGCAGAACCUACCUGGACCUAAAACAAUCCCUGUUUUUGGAAAUGCUCUGAGAUUGAUGGAAUCCGACAAAACGGUGUACACGUUGACAAAUAUCAGUCGACAAGUGAAAGCUGCGACAUAUCCAUUCUGGAUGGGACUUAAUCUAAAACUCAUCGUAGCUGAUCCCCGUGAUCUUGAGAUAUUGUUAUUGAGUCCAAAGGCAUCAAAAAAAGAUGAUUUCUAUGAGUUGAUGCGCCUUGCCGUUCGCAAUGGUCUUAUCAAUUCGUACGGUCCGAAAUACAGAGCUCACAAAAAAUUGUUUCUGAAUUUUAUCAAUAAUAACUUUCUGAUGAAAAUGUACAUUGAACAAUUCAAUAAACAAUCUCGCAUAUUCGGGGAAAAUCUGUCGACUAAACUGAAUCAACAGGAGUUCGAAAUGCAAGAUUUUUUUGAACCAUGCAUCGGCGAUAUUGUUUUUGAGACUGUUUAUGGACUGCCGGGAACUGCGCAAAGCGGAAACGUCAGUCCUUUCUUUGCACUAGCUGAUGAGGCUUUACACAUAACAUUCGAACGAUUCAUGAAACCAUGGCUCUGGCCUGAUUUCAUGUUCUUCCUCACUCCAAGUGGGCGAAGAUGUCGACGAAUUGUCAAGGCCGCACAUACAUUUAUUGAUAACGAAGUUAGACUGAAAAGGGAAAAAUUCAGAGAGAUCAAUAGAGAUGUGAGAGAUGAUAGCUGGUCAAUAUUCGAUUUCAUAAUUGAUCACGUGGAGAAGACCAACGAAUGGACGAACGAGGAAAUUCGUGACGAGAUUAUUACAAUUUACAUUGGAGCACAUGACACACUGGUGGGCACUGGAUGCUUUCUACUUUUAAUGUUGGCGAUGCACCCUGAGGUUCAGGAAAAAGCACGAGAAGAGAUAAAUAAUGCAGUGGGUCAUCAUGACGUGACAGAGACGGAAUUGAACAAUUUGAAAUAUCUCGAGAUGAUUAUCAGGGAAACAAUAAGGAUGUUCCCUGUGGGUUCUGUCCUAGGUCGAAAAACCACGGGCGAACUAAAACUUGCUACGUGUACGGUUCCGAAGGACUGCUCGCUCUUCGUCUUGUUAUACGCACUUCACAGAAAUCCCGACUACUGGACGGAUCCCGAAAAAUUUGAUCCCGAUCGGUUCUCUCCGGAGAAUUCAAAAAAUCGUCAUCCUUACGCCUUCAUCCCCUUCAGCGGAGGUUUUAGAAGUUGUCCGGGAAAUAAAUUCGCUCUUGUCGUUCUCAAGACGAUCCUCGUGCACACCCUUCGCAAAUUUAAAUUACAAACGACACAGACACUUGAAAAAUUGCGUGUACACACGCACAUUUCUUCGAGAAGCCUGGACGGUUAUAAAAUAUCAUUAACAACAAUUUAAUUAUAGAUUCAUAAUUCCUUUAUUAUGGAAUUUGCACGGCAGGGCUGUGCAAUUGAUAUGUAAACAGUGGAUAUGUCAGCAAUAAAAUUAUUUGUCAAGA